GUUUUGGUCUAACUUAGUUUGUGUGUGAUCAAAUAACUCGUUUUUAAAUUAUUCUAAUUAAAAAUACACGUGGUGGAAAUGUGCGGAAUAUUUUGCAUGUUUAAUGCUGAUGAAGGACAAACAUCUGACUUUUACCAUAAAUGUGUUGACAAGUUACUACAUAAUCGUGGUCCUGACAAAGCUGAAACUGAGGAUAAGAUAUUGAAAGUGUUCGAGACCAUUGAAGGUCCAUUCAGCAUAAUUUGCUUGUCAAAUUCCAAACUUUACUUCGCUCGAGAUUCUUUGGGACGAAAUUCCUUAAUUUUAGGCAAGAAAGGUGACAUGUGCUUCCUCUCAAGUGUUAUGAGUCCAUUCGAAGAUGCAUUUGAAGCGAUUGAACUUCCAUCACUUGGAAUUUUCUGUUAUGACAUCAAAAGCAAAGAAAUUAAUUUAUUUCCUUACUUUGAGCUGAAUCAUCCACAUCAUCAAACUCAAUUAAAACUUGUCACAACAUUUUAUUCUUCUCUAUCUCUUCAACGUCAAAUCAAAUUGAAAUGGAAGGAAGAGAAAGUUUUGACGACACCAAAAUUCUCAUUCAAUGAAGUCACAAAAAGUCUUUCAGAUUCCAAAAGUUUAUUCGAAAAUCUUCUCAGGAUUCCAGAAAUUUAUGAAACUUGUGAUAUAUUUCUGGAGCUGCUCUCAAAGUCAGUGAAAGAUAGAGUUGAACAAACACCAAAAUUAUGUAAAGAUUGUUUGUAUCAGAAGGUUUCUUCAUGUUGUCAUUGCCAUGUUGGAAUUCUUUUCUCAGAACUGAGGAAAUUAGCACCAAAUCGAAGAUGGAACUUUAUUGAAAUUAAUGUCACAAGAGAUGAACUUGGCGACAAUAUUAAGAAGCUUUCAAGUCUUGUUUUUCCAUUGUCCAAUGUUCUCGAUGAGUCACUCGGUGCUGCUCUUUAUUUCGCUUCUAGAGGUGUUGGAACAUGUGACGGUUUGCUUUAUCAAAGCACUUGUCGUGUGAUUCUUAUCGGAUCUGGAGCUGAUGAAUUAUUUGGUGGAUAUACAAGACAUCGAAAUGCUUUCAAGAGAAGCACUGAAAAUCGAGAUUUAUUGAAGGAAGAAUUGGAUCUGGAUUGGGCUCGUUUACCAUCAAGAAAUUUAGCUCGAGAUGAUCGAGUUAUUGGCGACAAUGGAAUAACGUCAAGAGCUCCAUUCAUCGAGGAAAAGUUUGUUAAUUUUGUUCAACAAUUACAACCAUUACAAAGGUGUUAUCCAGCAUUAGUUGAAGGUGUCGGCGACAAAUUGCUGCUGAGACUUUGCGCUUACAAACUUGGACUCACAAACUGCUCAUCAUUACGAAAACGUGCACUUCAAUUUGGCUCGAGAAUUGCUGAUAAGAAACAAUCAGCGACAGACAUCUCAAUGUUGCUACUGAAAUCUUCAAUUAAUUCAAACAAUUAA